CAUAUCGUUUUUUUUUAAUCAAAAUCCCGUACUAUUUGAUAUACUUAUUCCUAAACAUUUUGUGAAUUGUCAGUUGUCAUGGUUUAUGUCAAAACUACCACCAGUCAACCAGGCUGAAUCACCUGAAUGUCAAAUUCAAAUAAAAUUUUGUCAACAAAGACUUGAAAAGGCUGUUGUUAUAGCGAUUCAUUUUAUCGAUAUGAUUUUAAUGAUACAAUAAUAACGCUUUAAUGAUAUAAUUUUUAAUAAAGAUGAAUCUCGGUGAUCCCGAAUUAGAGUUCAUCGACCCUACACCGAAUGUUCAUGCGUUGUUUAUAAGUUUUGAUAAGUUAUUUUUUUGGACUAAGUUAAGUAGCAGAGCGGUUGUAAGAUGGAGUAAAAGAAUGUAUUCAUGUGCCGGUAUAUGUUCGUAUGAAGGUGGAAAUGGUCUAUGUGAUAUAGCUUUAAGUGAACCGUUACUAAAGCUCCGGCCACGUAAGGAUCUAAUUGAAACCCUGCUGCAUGAGAUGAUACAUGCAUUUCUCUUUGUGACAAACAGAGACCAGGACCGAGACGGCCACGGCCCCAACUUUCAGGCCCACAUGCACAGGAUCAAUCACUCUGCAGGUCUUAACAUAAGUAUUUACCACACAUUUCAUGAUGAGGUGAAGCUUUAUCAAACUCAUUGGUGGAGAUGCAAUGGCCCCUGUCAGAGCCUAAGGCCCCAUUUUGGUAUAGUUAGACGUUCAGCAAACAGAGCCCCAGGUCCUACCGACUGUUGGUGGCAAAGUCAUAAAAAUAAGUGUGGAGGGACUUUCAUUAAAAUAAAAGAGCCUGAAAAGAAACAAAAAUCUAAAGCAAAGAAAGAAGUUGAAAAAUCUAAUCAAGACAUUACAAAAUAUAUUACUAAUUAUAAUAAUGUGCCAAUCAAUAAGCCUGGUAAACCGGUACUCAAAGAUGCCAAUUCUGAUGUUAAUAAACCAAUAAUUAAAGGUAGGAAAAAUAAUGCAAGCACCAUUGUAGUUAGUAAAAAAGGAGCUGUUUUCAAUCCUACAGUACCUAAACCAUUCUCAAAGCCAAGCCAACCUAUAAUACCAUCAGUCAUUAAAAGUGGAAACACCAUUGGUACUGCAAGCAAUACAAGUAAACCUUCUGAUGUUGUUAACACUGUGAGAAAUGUUUGGGCAACAAAGAAAAUACAAGGUGUCCCUUCAGCACCUCCCAACAAAGACCUUGAAACUGUAAGGAACAUAUGGGCUAAGAAGCAAAUACCGGUUAUUAAUCCAGGACCUGUUAUAAAAGUUGAAACUAGUCCAACAACAAAUAAGCCACUUAAAAAGCUUGGGAUAAAUUCUCCUAGUGCUAAACUUGGAGCUUGCAACCCCAAAAAACAUAAGGCUGAUGCAUCAGAUGUAAAGUCUCCUCCCACCAAAAUGAAGAAAAUUUCUGACUACUUUAAUGCCACAACUAUAUUGAAAGACCUGUAUGGGGAUGAUUAUGAGUUGACAAAAGCAGAAAAUACUUCAAAAUUAAUAGCAGUCAAAGUACAAAUUGUAGAUUGUCCUAUAUGUCAUGGCAAAUUUAACAGUGAUGAAAUUAAUAGCCAUAUAGAUGAAUGUUUAAAUAAAGAUGUCAUUGAACAAUUGUGUAAUGAUAGUUCAGAGAAUGUCCAGGAUAUAAAAUCUACUCAAAGUAUUGUAAUUGAAUCAAAUGUACGAUUAAUUGGUGAUUUAGCAAAAAUGCCAGCAUUUAAAGGGAAUCCUAACAAAAUAAAUAAUAAUAUAGAUUUGACAAAUUUAAAUGAUGAGAAUAGUGAUAAUAUUAAAAAUGAGAAGAUAGAAUCUAGAAAAUCUGAACCACCACAGUCUUGGACGUCUGAAGACAAAAAUUUAAUUGAAGCUUUAGUUGAUAAAAUAAAUGAUCAAAAUAGAAAGCAAAGCUCCAAUAGAGACAACAAGCCACUUAAGAGAAGAAAUACUGUAAGUUUUAUUACUGAAAGUAGAGGUGAUAGUUUACUACAUAUAAAUAAAAGGGAAGAUGAAACAACACCUAUAGUUGAAAUAAAAUCAGAACCAAGAACGAGUGGAGAAGCUGAAGCGUUUGGGCAGACCUGUCCGUGUUGUGGAAAGAAAUUCGACAAGCCAGUUGAGCAGCAUCUUGACGAAUGCCUGGUCUUCUUUGACAACAAUGACAUAAUUUCUGAAGGACCCAGCACCAGCUACUCUAACAACACUACUAUAGUAAUAGACGAUGAUGAUGACAUUUUCGAUGAGUCGCAAAUAUUAAACGCGACGGGAACAAAAACUCCUUGCCCAUGCUGUAUGGAAAUGGUUGAGCUAAGUGAUAUGAAUGAACAUUUAGAUACGUGUUUGCAGUGAAUAGUGAAAGCUUAAGAUGAAAUAAGAUUUUGGUAUUACUAUUUAUAUAAUGGUUAGUUGGUCUCAUUACCAAUAAUACCGGAGAAUUCUGUUGGGCUAAUAAAAUUAUUCCGUUUUUUAAUCUUCUUAACAUGAUUCUGUCUGGUUACCAAUCAUACGACUUGCCAUAGAUAGAAAAGAUAAUUAAAUAAACUCUCGUAGUAAGUCAAUCAAAAACCAGGAUUCUAAUAUUGAUAUAUCUCACCUGCUUAUUGUUUAAUGAAUAGUUUUAAUUUGUUACGUAUUUAUAAUAAUUAUUAUGUCAGUUAAUA